AUGGGCAAGGUUCUUAUUCAGCCCCAGCAAGUAGAGGUAGGAGCAGAGGUAGGGGCAGAGGUCAGACAUCAGGUUCAGGCAGCAGUCAGAACCGAUCCACAUGUUUAUGCAUUGAUUCAUCCAGGAUCCACACUAUCUUACAUUACUCCAUAUGUUUCUGAUAAGUUUGGUAUUAAGCCAGAAUCAUUAUCUAAGCCUUUCUCAGUUUCUACCCCCGUUGGGGAACCUGUUAUUGCAAGACGAAUUUAUCGCCAGUGUGUGGUUACGAUAUGUGGCCACGAAACUCUUACUGAUUUAGUAGAAUUAGAAAUGGUGGACUUCAAUGCUAUUAUGGGUAUGGAUUGGCUAGCUUCUUGCUAUGCCGAUGUUGGAUGUUGGUCCAAAACUGUGAAAUUUCAGUUUCCGAGCGAACCAAUUCUUAAAUGGAAGGGUAACACUCUAGCACCAAAGGGUAGGUUUAUUUUCUAUCUUAAGGAUAUAUUCCCCGAUGAAUUACCAUGUCUUCCUCCUGAAAGGGAAAUCGAAUUUGCGAUUGAUGUGUAUCCGGGCACUCAGCCCAUCUCUAUUCCUCCGUAUCAUAUGUCCCCUGCUGAAUUGCAGGAAUUGAAGGUGCAAUUGUAG